AUGGUCCUUGAGACCCCAUUGCUCCGCGUGAGCAGGCCCGUCGCCGCCUGCUCCCGGUGCCGUGCUGCAAAAGUAAAGUGCGACGGCAAGCUGCCCGCCUGCACUGCCUGUGAAAAGUCCAAUCGGGCCUCGGAAUGCUCGAGCACAAACGACCAGUUUGCCAGGGGCAAGGAACGCAGCUAUGUUGCUACCCUCGAGUCGAGAGUCGAGAAACUGGAGAAGAAGAUCCAGGAAGCAAGAGCAAGGAGAAAGUCUUCGGUUAUCAUCAUGCAAGACACGUCCGACGACUCCACCCCACGCAGGGCUUCCACAGACACCCUAAAGGCAACCAAGCCUAUCAGCCAGCGUGCUGCUCGACAGAGAGAAGCUUCCGACAUUGACGAUCUGGUAUCCGACUUCGGUCUUCUCGCCGUCAAUGCCACUGCAAGAGACUUUUAUGGCUUCACCACGGAAAUGUCGUAUGCUCGCCUUAUCAGAUCCGCCAGCACAAAAGAGCCCUUGUCAGGUGACUUGAUCAAGCCGCUCCCGCCAAGGUUCGCAGCCACGCCGCUCAUCCAACACUAUCUCAACAACGUCUUUACCCUUUGGCCCAUUUUUGAAGAGGCCACUCUCUAUUCAUCUGUCGAGGCCGUCUAUCAGCAGGGAAACAAUUCCACUCCAUGGGACCGAUGGUGCGUCCGCAUGGUCCUGGCCAUUGCCUGUCUCUCCCAAUCAGAUUCCAGGGGAGACAAUCAUUACACAGAUGCAGUCGGACACAUGAUUGCUGCACUCGAAAAUGCCGAAGAAGUCCUCCAUCCGGGAUACAUUGCCAGCAUCCAAGCCUUGGUUCUCUGGACCAUAUACGCCACAAUGGACCCUCACCACUUCGACAGCUGGACACUCGUAGGCGCGGCUUCCAGAGCAAUGGUCGACCUUGGUAUUCACCAGGACCCCUCCAAGAACGUAGCCAUAUCCCGCACAAAACUAGAGUUACGGCGACGGGUAUAUUGGUGUGUCUACUCCUUAGACAGAUCUACUUCACUUGUCCAAACGCGCGCCUUCUCCUUCUCGGAUGAAGCAGCAAACGUGGCUUUCCCCUUCUACAGCACGCCCAUGUCGCCAAAAUACUCGUCCCCCCAGUCGCACCUCUUCCAGCAAUCAUUCGAUACUGCCAUUGAUCUAUUCAAGAUUCGCGAAAUUCAGUCAGAGUGGUACAUGGAUCUGUUCCAGUCCGGACGCGAACCCUGGCCAGAUCCUUACCAAUACAUCUGGAAGCAGUACAACAGGAUGACCGACUGGUUCCAAGAUAUGCCGCAGAGUACACUGCCGGCAGUCAAGUCUUUCUUCGAACUAGAGUUGCUCUACAGCUAUGUCUACAUUCUGUCGCCCAAUCCGCGUAUACCCCACAUCCACGAAUAUGCCCAGCGCCUAAUCUUUGAGCAUUGCAUCGCCUACGCUACGAACCUCCUUGCCGUCUUGGACAAGCCCUCCCACACUGUCAAGCCUCCAGUGACAUACUACGAUGCCAUGCGGGCAUACAUGACCGGUCGCCAAUUCGUCGACGUUCUAUCCCGAAAUCUCGAGGUCAUCCUCGAUGCGAGACCGGCGGUACCUCCUGCACCGGCGACGGGUACACAAGUGGAGUCGGAAGAUCCCCUCGCCCCACCCACGCAGGUCAAUGCACCCCCCUUCCCUAGUCCUUCUCCGGCAGGACAGUCACUGCCCUUAGACCCGACUACCCGAGCUAUCAAUGCGCUCAACGAUUACACAACACUACUCUCUAGGUUCGGACUAAGAUUUGGUUUCAUACACUGGCGCGACCGAUUCCAACGCGAAUCAGCGUCUCUUUCAGCACAGCUUCACCAACGCAGCCAGGCAGCGCCAACGACUUAUUCUCCGCAAUGGGGAUCGAUGCCAUCUUUGUCGCCGCAACCGCCGCAGUUGAUGUAUUCCAAUCUGCCAGCGACGCCGCCCAGUCUCUUUCCUCAGCAGUCGAGUCCCUAUACUAGCUCACUUUCGUACAACAACUCGUAUGAUGGCUCUGGGCAAAGUCCGCAGCAGCAUGGUAUGACAUACGAUGCCAGCCCAAGCCAACAGACAUGGGCGACCCCAUCUCCUCAGCCGGUGCCUGAGCUUCCACAGCCUUCGGGCGGCCAGACAAGAAGGGCACUGGUAUACGGACCCGGUAUACCAGUAAAUACAAACCGAGGCCGUAGUCCUGCAGCAUCCUCGUCGCCGGCGCAUGACACGAGUAAUGGCUGGGUUCAACAAGACCAGCAACACUCAGACCCCUCUAGUUACUUCCAAGUACCGCCAUCUAUGCCGCAACAGAACAGCGGCUCCUGGGGCCAGAGCUCGCCCGACAAUUGGAGCUGA